AUGACCAAUUCUUACAAUUCGAAUUCGCCUCCACAAAUGCGUGCAAUUGAACUUUCAAUACUGUCCAUUCAACGAGCUAUUGAGGUUCUCGAUCUUUCUUCUUUACCAUCGACGCAACCAUUAAUUAUUGCUGAUUUUGAUUUAUCACAUGGUUUUAAUUCAAUGUAUGCUAUGAAACGACGAUUAGUUCUUGUCAUUAAUAAUAAUUUAUCAACGAAUAAUUGGACAAUACUUUUCGAUCUACUCAAUAAAGACACUAAUUAUAAAUGGUCGAUCAUUUUAUGA